AGUAGCAGAGUGCCUGUCACAUGUGAGGGGCCUAGAUUUGAUCCUUAGUACUGCAACUAAGAUAAUAAAACCCAGGGUUGGGGAGUAACCCAGGACCUCGCUCCUAGGCUCCGCCCCACCCUAAGUAGGACCACACAUCGCUAGCCUUACCCUUGCAUCCCCACUGUGUCUCUUGGCCCAUCCUCCACACAGCCACAGUCCUGGUCUCCGGCAGGAUGCAGUGGUAGUGGUCCAUUUACAAGAAGCACCCAGCCUACCUGGCUGUUCCCUGUGUGCUUCAAAUCUGACCUGGUGAGACUAUAAAGUCGAAGAAAAGACCUUGAAGAGACUGAGACUAGGCCAUGUGUCCACCCAGAAUGUUCAGACGGGCAUAGUGCCAACCCAGGCGUGGUGAUGCACCUCUGUAAUCCCAGCAGACGGGAGGUGGAGGUGGGAUGAUCGGUUAGAGGUCAUCUUUGGCUACAUAGUGAGUUUGAGGCUGGCAUGGCCUUUGUGAGCACCUACCCCAGAGGUGGAAGGCACAGUUACACACAAUACAAUACGAGGUUCAUACUGAUCAUGGAAAUGGUGGGAUGGUGGCCUCAUCUUGAAAGAGGGUAAGCAGAUAGCCUGAAUGACAUGAGCCCAUGGCCCCAAAGCAGUAAUUGAGGCAAGCUGGGGCCUCCGUUGUCUUCUCAGGUGUCAAGGGAAGCACGCGAAGGACCCUUAGAAAGCGCUGAUGCUCCCGGAGCAGUCAGGACUGUCCUAUGCUGCUGUGGAUGCAUCAGUCCACUCCACUUAGCCCCAAAGGGUGAUGGCCCCUAGCCGUGGUACUGUAGGUCACUUCCCACUGAGAAGCCAUCCCUGGCCAACCACAUCCAGGUUGUAGGACUCUGUGCAGACCAGUGAACCAUCAGGGGAGAGGUGCUGUAACUUCCUGGCCAGACAAGCAUUUUGUAUUUUUCAUGUGGCGAAGGAUAAUAGUCUUUCAGGAAUGAUGGGCACAUAAUGCAAGAAACAGGUGCUAUCGGAGGCCAGCGUAGGAAACACAGUGACUUCGGGUGAGUGCAGAAGCUGAGGUGGGACUUGGGGUCAGGACCAUACACUGCUGUGAGGACCAGGAACCCCAGAACUCUAGUCCAGAGUGCCCUGAUUUAGUAUCUGUAGUGACAGCCCUGGAAGCCGAGUUCUGGGUGGCUUCAGUUGCCUGGCCACUGUGCCCCCCCCCCCUACCAAGUACAGCUUAGAGCAAAGCCUCUGCUUUCCAUAGCAACGCCUCUGUCUGGCCCUACCCUUGGUCCCGGUGGGACAUAAAAUCUCCCUCACCGAGCAGUCAGCCAACCAAGUGUGCUCAACAUCGUGCACAGUCACCCAGCUGGCAGUGUAUAUGUCAGUUGGUGUGAUUCUCAGCCCCCUGAGGGCCACAGGAUGGCUGCUCACCAGGGAAUGGGACCCUGUGGCCAAUGGCUGGUGACCCUACCUGUCACCCUGGCCUGGCUCUGCCAGCUCCUUCGUAGAGACCAGCAGCUUAUCUGGGCUUGCUCUUGAAAGCCUCUUCCAAGAAUUAAGUGGGACACUUUGUAAGGAUGCCCUUUAAGGCCACAGUGCUGUAGCCCCAGAAAGUGGUCACAUCUGUGCCACAAGCUUGGGACAGUUUCUGAGACUGUGAGCCCUGAGUGCUUGCUAGGACCAGUGUACAUACAGUCAGAGGCAGCACACUGUGACUGAUUGAUGGGUGGAACCAUGCCCCACCACUCAAGGCCAGAAGCCACCAGAAGGAACCUGGUCUCCGGUACUUUUCAAAGACACAAGACAAGUACAAUUCUGGGGCCAAGGAGAAACACCUGCCACCAAACCUAAGGACCUGAGUUCAGUCCCCAAGACUCAGGUGGUGGAUGAGCAACUCCCACAGGUUAUCCUCUACCCUCCACACAUUAUGACACACACACCCAAUAAACAACAAGUAAAACAUUAGAGGGAACUGUAAAUGGUGGAUCUAUCUGAUUACUCUUGAGCAUACAAAGGUUUUGCCCAAUUCCCAGGUACAUGAGGGUAUAGAUUAGAGUUUACCCCGGUCCAGAACACGACAGUGACAAGAACCAGGCCUUGCAGUCCCCUGUUCAGAUGCCCUUGGGCUCCUGGCCCCUCAUGUCUGAGUUCCUUGUACUCCUCCAAACCCUCUAGCACUGCGCUUGUGCAUGGCUCCUCCAGCUCUGGGAGCACACGCACCCCACCCCUGCAGCAGCACACGCACCCCACCCCUGCAGCUCUACCCUCAUCUUCUCCUCUGAAUUCCUGGAAGCAGCUCCAUGCCUCAGAUCCCAUGCUGCCUUUGCCCUAUGGCAGGGCGCAGGGAGAUGAUUCAAGGUCCUGGAAUACCCUCCAGGCAUACUCCCUGACCAAGGCUAAUGGGAGCGCAAACUGGCGUAACAGCUAUUAGAGUGGGGGUGGGGGGACCUGGUCACAUCUAUCAAAUUAGUAAGGCAGUGGCCUCAACCCAGAAACUCGGUUUCAGGGGGUUUGUGACAUUGAUAGCAAAGCUGGAAUUGAAAGGCUGGGAUCCUCAGUGGUCAUCAGAGAAGACAUCACCUCCACAAGAUGGCCUAGGACCACUUUCAGAAACGAGGACGCUUUCCAGGUGCUGGAGGUCAUGAUCCCUAGAAUCUGUUCAUCAAGAGAGAAAGGUGUAAAGUCACAGGGUACCCUGGGUACCCUGGGGGUAGCAAGAGAGCCCAUAGUCAUUGUGGAGGAAGAUAGCCUCACCAACAGGAGGGCCCAAGAAUGAGGAGGUAGGGCCUGGGUCACCAGGCAGAGGGGUACACUCAGAACACAGAAGGCCAUUGGUCCUGUAAUGUUGCUAGGAUGCUGGGGGCCCGAGGCAGAGAAAACCUGCCUGUGCCAAACCUCCCACCACUCUCUGGCUUGGUCAAGAGCCAGGUCCACUUUGCAAACGAACAAAUGAUGCCAGGUGAGCUCGUGGAAGGGCAGGAGAGGCCAAAGGAGAGAGCAGCUGGACCAAGGAUCGGCACUUACCCCUCAGGGCUGGCAUUCAGGGGCUGAGACUGGACCAAGGAUCGGCACUUACCCCUCAGGGCUGGCAUUCGGGGGCUGAGACCAGGAGCCUAAAGGGCCCCAAAGGCACCCCCAACCCCAAUGCAUAUCUGGGCUUCCUUCAAGCCCUACCCAGGGCUGCUGCGGUUUCCUCCUGGCGCCUCUGGUCUCUGACAGCAGAGACUCCCCCCAUGCCGCACUAAUGGCUCAGCCUGGGGCCCCAGGGACCUUCCCUGCCCCCCCCCCCAGGCUGCUCUGCUGGCCCCAAAACCCCCCUCGUGCUGAAACCUAAUCCUCUGCAGCAGCUUCAGCUCAGUCCUGCUCUGCAGCCCCGGCCUGCCACUACCUCCUGCGCCCUACCUGGUCUUUACUGCAGAGCCCCAACCUCACGGAGCCAACGCCCGUUCUGGGGAAGGCAGAGCUGGACCGACCACGACGACGUCGAGACGUUCAUCUAUCUCAUCCAGUCCUACCAGGCCAGUACUUUCACCUCUCUGUCUUGGCUCCUCCCCGCUCUACCUUCUCCUUUUCUACCUUCUCCUUUUCUCUCCUCCCUCGUCCCCGCUGGGCCACCUGAAUCCCAUCUCAACCCCCCAUUAGUCCUACAAAACAGCCUCUGUCACUCCUUGGACGCCCUGUACCCCAGGCAGCAGUCCCUUCUCUGGGCUCUAGCCAUGAAACCCCCCUCAGGACUGGAGGAGGCCCGGCGGCGACAGGCCUCAGACAUCCGGGUCUUCGCCAGCAGCUGCACAAUGCAUGGUCUGGGCCACGUCUUUGGCCCCGGAGGCCUGUCCCUGCGCCGUGGGCUUUGGGCCACAGCUGUGCUCCUGUCGCUGGCGGCCUUCCUCUACCAAGUGGCUGAGCGCGUGCGCUACUAUGGGGAGUUCCACCACAAGACCACCCUAGAUGAGCGCGAGAGCCACCAGCUCACCUUCCCGGCCGUCACUCUGUGUAACAUCAACCCACUGCGCCGCUCACGCCUCACACCCAACGACUUGCACUGGGCUGGGACGGCGCUGCUGGGCCUGGACCCUGCUGAACAUGCUGCCUACCUUCGUGCCCUGGGCCAGCCCCCUGCACUGCCUGGCUUCAUGCCCAGUCCCACCUUCGACAUGGCACAACUCUACGCCAGAGCCGGCCACUCCCUUGAGGACAUGUUGCUGGACUGCCGCUACCGUGGCCAGCCCUGUGGGCCUGAGAACUUCACUGUGAUCUUCACUCGAAUGGGGCAGUGCUACACCUUCAACUCCGGCCUCCACGGGGCAGAGCUGCUCACCACUCCAAAGGGUGGCGCUGGCAAUGGCUUGGAGAUUAUGCUGGAUGUACAGCAGGAGGAGUAUCUGCCCAUCUGGAAGGACAUGGAAGAGACCCCGUUUGAGGUGGGGAUCCGAGUGCAGAUCCACAGCCAGGAGGAGCCCCCUGCCAUUGACCAGCUGGGCUUCGGGGCAGCCCCAGGCCACCAGACUUUUGUGUCCUGCCAGCAGCAACAACUGAGCUUCCUGCCACCACCCUGGGGUGACUGCAAUACUGCAUCUGUGGACCCCGACUUUGAUCCAGAGCCCUCUGAUCCCCUGGGUUCCCCUAACCCCAGCCCCAGCCCUCCCUAUAGUUUAAUAGGGUGUCGCCUGGCCUGUGAGACCCGCUAUGUGGCUCGGAAGUGUGGAUGUCGAAUGAUGCAUAUGCCUGGAAACUCGCCAGUGUGCAGCCCCCAGCAGUACAAGGACUGCGCCAGCCCAGCUCUGGGGAGAACGUUCUGGUUCUGGACAUCUUCUUUGAGGCCCUCAACUAUGAGACAGUGGAGCAGAAGGCUGCCUAUGAAGUGUCGGAACUGCUGGGAGACAUUGGGGGACAGAUGGGACUGUUUAUUGGAGCCAGCCUGCUUACCAUCCUCGAGAUCCUUGACUACCUCUGUGAGGUUUUCCGAGACAGAGUCCUGGGGUAUUUCUGGAACAGAAGGGGCUCUCAAAGACGCUCUGGCAGUACUCUGCUUCAGGAAGGGUUGAAUGGCCAUCGAACACACGUUCCCCACCUCAGCCUGGGCCCCAGGCCUGCCACCCCUCCCUCUGCUGUCACCAAGACACUCUCUGCCUCCCACCGGACCUGUUACCUCGUCACAAGGCUCUAGACCUGCUGUGACCACGCGGCUGCACCGUGACAUCCUGGGCAUGUCCAGCCUGUCCAUCUUUGCUGUCUUCACCCUAAUAAAGUUCUAGUGCAUGUGC